AUGAAGAAUAAACGCUUUGCCAUUAUCCUCUGCCAUGUUGAGGAUAGGCUCCAACUUUUGGGGAGCAAGCCUAAUCAUUUCGUUGUGGCCAAUGUCGACUGGAGGGAGGAAACGGUGGAAAACUUGCAGGGAAAAGGCAAAGGUGGACGAAAGGAAAGAUCGGGGAAAAAGUCGGGGAAGUUUACACACUGGGGAAUGGACCGAAAUAUGGCAGACAGUCUGCGGGAGGAUUGUGAGAAAGAAUUGGAGUUUGAACUGGAAGACUCCGAAAACGAGCUUGGCGACUAUACCGGCAACACCUGUCUGCUUCAAUGUUUGACGGCCGUUCGAUCCUACUUCGGGGUAGAGGCGCCCCAAGGCGAUCAAGGCGAUCAGCACUUAGUGCGAUCGUUUUACCUUAAACUUCUGUUGGAACACUGGGUCUCCCAGAACAACGAAGAGGCCACAUCUGGAACCUUACAGGGUCCACAGAACAACUCUUGCGGCCCGACUACAUCGACUGCCAACACGCAAAUAGCUAUAGCCGAAGGCCCUUUGGCCGCGGGUCUACCAGAAUCUGCCAUUCAGCACGGAAAUGAAGCCACGGUCGAAGACGUUCCAAGCGACGGCUCUGUUCACCAGUCUCCCCAGUCGGCCGCCCAUUUCACUUCGGCCCAAUUCGCCCCACUGGCCGGGCCAUCCCGAAAAUGCCUCCCCAACGGCCGAACCACAGCGGCCGGGGGGACUUCGACCGCGUCUGGCUGCAGCCCGCUUCCUUCAGGUUCUCUGCCAAAACCGCCCCUGCAG